AAUUUUUGUGUGUCGUUCUGUGCUUCACUUAACCUUAAUUUUAUGUAAUAAAUUAUUUUAAACUUUUAAUUCACACUGUGGUACAAUAAUAAUUAUCAGAAAUAUAACUAUGACUGUGUACUUAUCAAGAAUCGUGUAUAGUACCGUGCGCAGCGCAUCAAUGAGAUGUUUCAAUGUACCGGAACAAUUUCUUCCACAACUUAAUCUAUACUCAAAGAAAAACUCUUUUUUGUGUCUACCGUGUAUUAUAAAGACUAGGAAUUACUCAACUGGAGACGUUCGUUCGCCUGUAGUAUUAGAAAAUCCGUCGAUACCUUUGAAAAAGAAGAUACUAUAUAAAAAAGCGAGCUUGGAUGAAUUGACUAACAAAGAAGGACAUUACCUAUCUUUAGCCUACGUGACCGCGAACAGCUACGAUUUGAAGGGCCUAAAGGAAGCUUUGGUGGAGCAGAAGUUAUAUGAACCGGCAACGUUACAAGCACAGGAGGUGGGUGAUGUGGUGAUAGCAAAUGCAGUGUACAGUGUCGGAUCAGAGCCGAGAGAGAUAAUUUUCUUCAGGGAAGGUGCUGUAGUAUUCUGGAAUUGUACAGAAUUGGAGGCCAGCAAUGUUUUGGAAUUAGUUAGAAAAUUUGAAAUUGAUAGUUAUCCAAGAGAUGUGAUUGAAAAGGAGAGAGAAAUAAUGACUUACAGUUAUCAACCAAAUGCAAAAAAGUGUUACCUACAAGAGUCUGGUUUUGUGUUAGUGCCGGAGAAGGAUAAUUUAUUGGAAAAGUUCGCUUUCAGCCAUGCAAUGGCGCAAUCAGCGCGUCUAGGAGCAUGGGAGGCGCGACUUGAAGCACUCGCCGCUGCCGUCAGAAGACAUUCGCUACUGAUGCAGCGAGACGGCAUCGCACACAUACAACACAAGGAGGUAGUCCGCAAGUUGGGUGAGCUGUUCUCGCUGCGGCACCAGUUGAACGUGGAAUCGGAUCUGCUGGACACGCCCGACUUCUACUGGGAGCAGGAACAGCUGGAGAGGAUCUACUCCACUACCGUCGCGUAUUUUACUAUACCCAGACGGACUAGGGUGUUGAACGAGCGGCUGUCACACUGCGUGGAGCUUCUGCAGUUGUUAUCUCAGUGGGCAUCAGAUCGGCACCACGUCCGAUUGGAGUGGAUGAUCAUCGUCCUCAUCAUGGUGGAGGUUUGCUUCGAGCUGCUGCACUUCUUUGAGAGGUAUCGCACCGAGCAGAUUGCCUAGCUAUACCACAUAUAUUUAUUUUGAUUAAGUUUCGAAUUUUUACUUCAAAUUUAAAGGUGACUCACUUAAGUGAUUACAGUUUGUGCGUCAAUGGUGACGUCAUAAUUAAACGCCCGCUAACGAUAUAAUCAAAGUUAAAUCAAAGUGUAUCUAAUUAGUUUUUCUUUGGACAGUAGAACGUAAAUGUAAUGAAUAUAGAGUAGGGAGACCAGAAUUUCAGCUGUCCUUUGGUUAGAAAGAGGGAGAAGUCUGCGGCUCAUGUCUGUCUUUACUUGCGCUUGCGUAGUUACCGCGGAGAGGAAGCAGAAGAAUGACUUAUGAUGUUUUUGACGACCCUACGUUGGGUUCCCGAUGAUAU